UGUAUGCCGAUUUAUGUCAUUACGGUUUUCAGCUAUAAUUCGAUUCUACGUAUCUCGAAUUUUAAUCGAAUUAAAUUGGCGUCGAUGAGUUCUUUAAAGCGCGCUGUAUCGCAGCUAAUAAACUCGUCGAAUGUAACGAAAGCCGAAAGAAAAAUCCGCUAGUGUACGGUCUCGACGAGGUUUCUUUAGCGAUAAGAUCUCGAGAUCUUGGGACGAGUGAAUUUAUAAGGAAAGUCUCGCGUGGUUUCGUUCCUUCAUGACCGAGUGAUCCUUUCUUCGGUUUCGUGGGGAAACACGAAGAGGCCGGAUCUACGCUGCUGGUUCUCACAGUUAGGCGAAUGUCGGCUUGGAACCGCACAUAAUUAAAGAACAAGGGAGGUCGUUCCCUCUUGUCGUCUGACAUUUCGGUAUAACGCACUGUUCUCUGAGUUGGACUGCAGCAUACGACUUAAACAAAGCUUGCUAUUGCGUGAAACCCUAUUAUGAAGUCACACGUAAUCUGGGAACAAUGGCAGUAUUUAACCCUCCAAAACGUAUGACAAAAUCUCAAAUCCGUCUCCACGCGAUUCUUGGCUAUUUCUAUUUAAGGAUGACUAAUGUAUCGUGACUGACUUUGCUAUAUUACGAUAGAAAUCUCAUCUUUUAUACCUGCCUAUAAUAUCAAUGUUUACGCUCGAAUUAUUACGCUCUGUGUUAUCUUCUGAUACAAAGUAAUCAAAAGUUAUAUUUACAACUAUUAAAUACAGCUACAGUUGUGAUACUGACGCACUAGCGAUAAAAAUAGUACCGAAGAAAUCUACUAAUGCACAUACAAGUUGUGCAAUGACUCAAUCGUCAGGUUCUGGUAAAUCAUUACCGUAAGAAUCGAAUAAAGUUUCUGAGAAUCAUUGGACGAAUGCUACGUGACAACGAUGAAAGGAACGAGGCUCGAUAUACCUAACAGUGGCUUUUGUGUUUAAACGUACGACUAUCGUUGUGUAAUAGGCCGAAACUAUGGAAGCGGAGCACGUUAAACUCGACCAUCGAUCGGCAACCUUCUAGUCGAAAGCGAAUAAAAGACUUCGCGGUACUUAUUACGAAAUAUUCGCCACAGAUUAAGCAUCGGCAGUUCAAAUUAUAAAAGAGAAUCAACAAAAAUUUCUGUUAACAGUUCAACUUUAUCGAACUAAAGAGAACGAUAGAUGUACGAUCUUUAUAAUAUUCUUAUUUCCGCGCUGUUGUGCAAACAUUGUCUAAUUAAAGUUAACCGCGAUUACAUACUUUCGCAGUUGAAUCAUCGAUUUAACGCAUACUUAUCACUGUUGGUAUAGUGCAACCUGUUACGUAGUUACGGCGAAAUACCGUAUAAUGGAGAGAGAGCCUCUCGGAUUAGAUCGAUUGUUCAGCGACCGUGGACGAGUGCACCGAUGCGACGCGACGCGCGGUCAUCGGCGGCCGAAUUGAAAACAAACUUAACGUCUUGUUAACUCGUUUCGAUCGAUUAAUCGAGUUUAAAGUAUGAUCGAUACCAACCGACCGCGUUUAACCCAAUUUCACUCGCGAUCGGUAAAACGCGCCUCGCUUGCUUCCUGUAACAAUGGCAACAAAUCGUUUUCGCGAAUCAAGUCCAUGCCGCGUAUCGAUUUGCCAACUUAAAUUAAUCGCUUUUCCGAAACAGUCUAGAGAAGAGGUCAUCAAAUACCAAACGCGAAUCCCUCUAAAUUCAUAUCUGAAAACAGGAACCAUAACUGUUGUAACUACAAUUUAAAAAAGCUAUGGUAUAAGAAUUUAUAUCUUAGUUUAAAGGAAUUUGGUUACCGUUAAUCAUCAUGGAAUGAAUGUCAACCAUCUUCGAUUCUUAUUAAUAGCAAUUGGUAUCCGGUGUGAAUAGUAAAAUUGUAAAUUGAAAUUAUCUUCAGUCAUGAUGGUUACCGGUAACUAAAAAAAGAUCGAACAACCCUCGUAAAUUAAAUUAAACGAAAUAACAUUUUUGGACGCUGUUCGAAAACUUUGACUUCCCAGAAGAUCGCCACGGUCGACAAAUACACCGCGAAGAACGAUCGUCUUCGAUUAGUCGGGGUUUGGCGAUAAUCACGGUACACGAAACGAGUCGAUGAACAAGUGUAUACAACUGAAACGAUGCCGUCAUCGAAUUUAACGUGAAGCAAUAGAGCGGAGCUUCGCGGCCGAGUUGCGUAACGCGAAUACGGUGAGAACGCACACAGAAGACCGCGAAGAGACGAGCGUAGCGGGCUGGCUAGAACGAGUCCGAGGAAGAAACGGGAGAUCCUUCGCGGGAUCAUCGGGAAUGACGAUCAUUCGAUCUGGGCUGAUGAAACGACGCCGAGAGGAAGACGUUCCAACGGUGGUACGAGAAUGACACCGAUCAGGACGGUGGUCGGGAUCUCGAGGCUCCUCGUCCUCGUGCCUGUCACCGUCUGUGCAACCAUUUCUUACGUCAACCAACAAAUGCCGCGAUGCAGCGACCGAACACCACCUCCCCAGACGUUGGCAAAGUGUCGAUACGACGAAGACUGUAUGAAGAAUGCUUAUUGUUGGAACCAGGAAGCCUGUCUGUGUAAAGAUGGUUUUAUCGUAUUCAGAAAUCGCACGCAUCUGGAAUGUCUCAAAGUGGCGAAUGCUAUCGGGGACCCCUGUGAAGAGGACAUUCAAUGUCAGGUGACCUUCGCCCCUUACUCGGAGUGCCGACAAAAGAUCUGCCAGUGCUCCGACGGUUCUCACUAUGUGGAAGGAAGGUGUUACGAGUCUGUAGGACUAGGACUUCCUUGUCAAUCGCACCGGAAUUGCUACAUCAAAGACAGUUUCUGCGUGACAGGAUUCUGUGCGUGUACCUUGAACUAUCAUGCGAAUCCACGCAACGACGUUUGCAUUCCAAAUAUUGAGUUAGGUGGCAAAUGCUCCAAAGAUUACGAUUGCAUCGCGGAGAACUCGAGGUGCCUCGACUUCUGUACGUGUAAAGUGGAUCAUGUGUUAUCGAGCGACGGCAAACGGUGUUUGAAAGUUAGCGAAUCCAUCGGAGAACCGUGUCAAGAGAAUUCUCAAUGCCAGUUAUUUCAGAGGGAGUCCGAGUGCGGACCUAAUGGCAGAUGCAGGUGUAUCGAGUACUUCCAUCAACGCGGUUCUAUCUGUCUCAAAGAUACGUUGUUGAAUGACAGAUGUCAAAGUCAUAGAGAGUGUAUUACCGAAACGUACAGGGACUCCAACUCCACCGAUGUGAUGAACGUUGAUUGUAUAGAUGGCUUUUGCAAAUGCGCCAAGGAUUACAUUAUGACAGAGGAACUACACGAUUGCAUCCGAUAUAGCGACAAUGGCGCUGGAACAAUUACAGAGUCCUGGCAACAACUUCCUCUAGUUCUAAAUUUUAUAUUUUUUGCGAGUUUUUCAUUGACUUUGUGAAUAAGAGCGACACUGUCGCUUAUAGCAACGAUUGGAAAGAUAUCAUAGUCUUUCGCAGUUUUAAUGACGUUAUUAUUGUACAACUAUAUUUAUUCAAAUGUUUUCUUUCAUUGUAAAUACGUUGCAUUUGUGUAGAUAGAGAUGAACAUAUCGCUACCAAAGACAAAUCCAUUUUCUCCAACCGGUUCGUAUUUAUUUAUAUCACAGAAGGUUAAUCGCUGUUCAACGUGUAUUGACUCUCGUCCAGCGGAAGCUAUAUUAUUCUAUCGAACGUCGAAUAUUUUAUUUUAUGGCGAUAAACCAUCUAUGUGAUGACUAAAGUUACUUAAAAAAUAAAUUCGUUCAUAUACGUAGUUUGAUAGAAUAACAAUAUGUAAAUUCUGAAUUAAGCCAACCUCGACGUCCUAGGGUUAACACAAACAAUCGCGCAAAGAUCAGACAGUUGCUUCUGUAGCAGCACUAUACUCGAACGAAUAGCAACAAAAGUAAAUUUAUACCAAAAUACAUGCGUUGAUGUACGA